AUGAUUGACCAUCUCGUUGGUCGUCCGAACCCGUCCUGGAAGCGGACCCAGGUCUUCUUGGUUAUUCUCUUCUGGCUCUGGAGAAUCGUUCGGGGCGCUUCAGGCCCACCACGAAUCCUCUUUUUACCUCGAGCUAACCGUGCUCUUCAGCGCUUCACUCCAUGGCAGAUUAUUCUCAGCACUUUGACGACCGUUUAUGCACUUAGGAAUUUGGAUCAUAUCUUGGGACUGACUGCACCGGAACCUCUAGCCCGCCUCUACUCAGCAUCCUACUAUCGAGCAACAUGGAUCGUUACAGGACUAGAUGCCGGCUUCGCAACAGCAAUGUCAAUCCGCCCCAAAUGGCUCAGAGACAUCGCGUCUAUCAUAUUCACGAUAUAUUACAUUAUAUUCGCCCAGGAAGCGGAUGAGAAGCUCCGUAGAUUCCGGGCUGUUCCCACUGUCGAAAUGUUACGCACAACAUGGGAGAAGACCACCAAUCCCUAUAUACGAUUUAUAACGAACCUCCGUCUUCCUCGCUUGGGUGUCCGCAGGAAGAUAUUGCUGCCCCGGCCCAACUCGUCGUCCUAUGACCGACCCAUCACCGCGUACCUCUACUUUGCCCCUCCCGAGAGCGAGUUGGCCAACCAGACGGAGCUAAUCCUGGAUUUCCCUGGAGGUGGCUUUGUCGCGAUGACCCCUGAGCAUCACGAGGAAAGGCUUAGAAUGUGGGCUGUGACGUCGGGAAGACCCGUCUUAGCCAUUGAUUAUGGCAAAGCACCUGAAUAUCCCUAUCCCUUCGCUAUCGAUGAGGCCUUCGAUACCUACCGCGUGCUUGUCGAGUCCAAUGGCUCCCUCAUUGGCAUGUCUGGCCGCAAGCUCAGUGUUGUCAUCUGUGGCGAUUCAGCAGGAGGAACACUCGCAGUCAACGUUGUCGUGAGGAUCCUGGAGCUCAGAAACAUGAAGGUCGCGCGGCCUGUAAACCUCCCGCUUCCCAUCGCCGUUCUGCUCAGCUACCCAGCGUUGGACUUCAAUUUCACCUCUUGGAUGUCUCCAGAGAACCUCCGUGUUUUGAGAUCAGAACAGUCUAGCGGAGACCUCCCUGGUUUGAGAGAGUUGGCCGAACAGAAAGACCACUUGAAGAACACCUCUCCACUGAGUAUGGUCCGAGAAAGCAAACCCUUUAACCAACGAAAGAAGCUGAAACGCAAGACGAGCUGGAAGGACAAAUUCCGUGGUUUCGCUAGUGGUGGAGAGGAGCCUGCGACACUCGAGCCUCCGAAAUUGUCGCGCAAGUCAUCAUCGAAACUGAGGCUUCCCCCUCAACUGGAAAGCUCACGGAGUAGGUCUGGAAGUAUCGGGGAUGAAGGGAAUCUUGGAGACGCUGAAAGUGAAGAUGAAGAGAACUUCGAUCAGUGGCGAGAGGAAGACAAACCGAUUCGAGCACGUGUCAAAUAUAAAUAUCCUAAUGGCGACGGUUCGACUGCGCUCAGUAGAUCGGCAAUGGAGUUGCAGCAAUACGAAAUGUCGGUGGCCGUCGAGGAAGCUAAUUCCAAAGCUACUCAAUCUAUCUCUGGCAAGGAGGCUGCCCAGUCUAGCAUGGAGAGGGCCAGAGAACCGAUCGGCACACGCCUUACCAUGACCAGCAGGACUGGCUAUUUCCAAGAUCGAAUUAUCUCUCCCAGUAUGAUGCGAGCUAUGGCGAUUCUCUACAUUGGCCCUCACCGAAACCCAGACUUUGGCACAGAUUACCGCAUCUCGCCUCUCCUCACUCCUGACCACCUCCUCGCUCAAUUCCCUCCGUUGCUCUUGCAAUGCGGUGAGAAAGAUCCAUUCGUGGAUGACACCGUCAUCUUUGCGGGACGUGUACGCGAAGCGAAACGGGCGAGGAAAGCCGCGUUGGAUCUGGCGUUGUCUGGAAAGAGCGCACGGUUCGGAGAAACUCUCCGCAUGAGCAGUAAAGAGGUGGCGGACAUGGAUGGCAAAACGGCUGCUGAACUGAAACGCGAACGCGACAGACUGGCGAGUCAGAGUGAAUCGGACUGGGUGCAGAUGGUUCUUUUCUCGGAUUGGAGUCACGGAUACCUCCAAAUGCCCACCCUGAUGAGCGAAGCCAAGGCGGUGAUCGAGGAUUUGGCCGAGUGGAUAGACGAUGCGUUCACACGAUACAAGCCUGUGGCGUCGAGUAUUGAGGGUGGUCGAAAUGGGAAUGGAGGCAAGGGAAAGAAUGUGGUUGCGCUUCGUGUUCCCUCUCCUCCAACGCCGUUUUCCAUCCCCCCUCCCUCCCCAAGCCCCCUUGCGUCUGAAACGGAGACGGACGGUGACACUGCAAUCACGUUGGUCCCCAAGCGGUUGCAAGAACAGUCAAGAAGGAGUUCAGCAGUUACGAUGCCACGGCCGAAGGAAGUGAAGACGUUGGUCAAGUCAUCACUCGAAUUGUCAGACAGUUCGGAGACCAUUGUAGGCAGUUCGUCGAGCCAAAGCUCUGGAUUGAACGCCGCCAAGACUUUCAAGUCUGAGGUUGGAACGCCUGAAAAGGCGUCGACACCCCGUUUGACUGGACAGACGAUCACGGAGAGCGAGUUGAUGCAACGUAGACGGUUGCAGGACUCUCAUUUGUUCGAGCAGAAGCCAUAA